AUGUCACAGGAAUCAAAAGAUCCCAAGAUACCAAAGUUUCCGAGCCUUUUCCCGGCCAAGGCGGAGCCUUCAUCCCCCUUCUAUGCUAUGCUCCAGUCAGCACCACAAGACUACCUACUGCAACAAGACGAGCAACACGAAUCCCCGCUCGAUUACCCUGUAUACUAUUUCUUCUACGGAACACUAACAGCUCCGUCACAGUUGAAAAGAAUUAUCGACUUAGCGGAUGAGCCAAAACUUCGAAAAGCGGAGAUAUUUGGGUACACCAUUGCAAAUUGGGGUGAUUAUCCCGCUCUCAUUAAUGUGAGACAAGGACAGGUAGUUACAGGAUAUGCGUAUCUCAUACGGUCCAAGGAAGAGGCCCAAAAACUAUCAUAUUACGAGACAAAUGCAUAUACAGUUGCAGACUGCUGGAUCUACUUUAGGGACGAGGAGGAGCCGAAGGAGGUGGGUGGGAAGGUUUUUAUGUACGCUGGUGAUGCGCAGGCUCUACUCGAACAACGAUUUGACCGCAAACUUUGGAGACGGCAGAUGGGCGGAAAGCUUGGAUGA